AUAAAAACUAAAAAGGUACAAGUAUGUAUUAUUGCAAGGUUUUACUCUCUUUUUUUUUUUUCCCCCACUUAUUCAUCUGAUCGGUUUCACAUGACUGUACCCGCAACCAAGCAAACUGACAAAAACCAAUUUAAUAAAUAAACCAAACCAAACCAAACGAAACAAACUCAGCUAUCUCUCCUCACUCUCUUAACUGCAACCUCCAUUAACCAAAAGCAAAAACCAAACCAUCCUUUGGAAAGAUUUUGCUCUCUUAUUUUUCGCACCCGUAACACACCCAACCAUUCCAUUCUCUUCUUUUCUUUUCUUUUUUUCUGAGUCUAAAAAAGCAAGCCCAGACACAGAGAGAUAGUGUAGGACUGGCUCUCCCAACCAUGGAAGCUUUUAGUUUGCUCAAGUACUGGCGAGGUGGUGGCGCACCCCUUCCACCUCCCUCUUCCGCCACCGCCGCCGCCGCCACUACCACCAUUCUCCGUCAGCACCAUAAUGCAACUGACAGCGACGACGAUGACGACGACGACGACGCGGACGGUCCAUUCUUUGACUUAGAGUUCGCUGUUCCCGACGAAGUUGAUGACCCCGAACAUUCUCAUGAAGACCCCAACGCCACCAUUAAUAAGCACUCUGACCAAGAAGAGGAAGAUGAAGAAGACGACGACGACGACAACAUUGAAGAAUGCGAGAGAGAGUUCAAGUUUACGCUGUCUCCUUCAAGCAACGAUCGAGGCGAUGAUCCCAACCUUUCUCUCUCUCCUUCCGACGAUCUCUUCUUCAAAGGAAAGCUGGUGCAGGUGGACCCUUCCUCCUCCGAACCAAACUCCAAGCCUGCUCCUCCUCAGUUCACGGCCUCCUUGUUCAAAUCCGCCACCAAAUUCCGCGUCUUCAGGUUGGGAGGCCUCAACAAGAAACCCAAGGACUCCAACAAUGGCGCCUCCUCCGACUCCGUUCCCAGAGAGACAGAGUCACAGCAGCAGAAGAAGCAGCAACCGUCGGAGAGAAAGCACUUCACGGUGAAGUUCAAAGUUGAAGAGGUGAAAAUCAUGUCUCUUUUCAGCAGAGAUAACAGUUCCAGAGGUAACAACAAGAAGCACUCGAACUCGCACUCGCACAACCCGGAGGAGUCACCUUCUUCCUCUUCGGAAGAGAAGCGUUCUUCAAAGGAAGUCAUGAACAAGUAUCUCAAGAUGGUGAAGCCACUCUACAUUAGAGUCUCUCGUAGAUACGGUGAUAAACUUGGCUUCUCCGGCCACCUCAGCUUGAGUUCUGCUGCUGAUAAACCUGCUCCGCCGCCGAGAGACACGCCGGAGAAGAAAGGAUCUCCGUCUAAGGCGGCAGCGGAAUCCGAUGCCGGCGAGAACAGAGAAACCAACACGAAAACCGAGAAGCAGGGGAAUAAUGUGCAUGGAGGAGGGCGAAACGGCGUGAUGAUUCUCUUUUGCAGCAACAGGACGGGAUUCAAGGCGCCAUUAUGCACUGCAAGAGAUCCUUCAACGCUUCAAGAACAGAAAGCGAGUGUUGUGGUGUGAGGGAGGAAGUGGCAAUGGCAAUGGCCUCCGCCUUGGAAGCUUCAAGGAAGUCUACAAAUGAAGGCAAGGACAAAAGAAGUUGAAAAUUACUGUAACCCUCUCAUGUCUGUAAAAAAGUUAAAACGUUGCUGUAUGCUCAAUUACUUUCUUAUCUCUAUGUUAAUUAAUUAAUUAAUUUAUUAUUAAUUACUAUUAACUAGUGUAGUUAAGAGAGAAGGAUGAGAAUGAAUGAAUGAGGCUCUUUUGCCAAUAGUUCAGUGGCUCUCUGUCUUUUUUGUUCCCUUGUUAGUGUAAACUGUAAAGCUCUUCUUUCUGAGAAAGUGAAAGAAGAAUCAGAUCUUUUCUCUGUGUACCUAUGUUUUUCUUUUUUUUAUCUUCUUAUUGGCCAUUUAUGUAUCA